GCGUGCCAAGCUGUUCAUGCGCCCAUGAUAUUUGAGGGUUUGGAGCUCGGGAUUUUAGGGUUCUAGGCUAGUGGCAUUCUUCUCUCCAAUGGCGAUCUCUGCGGCCGCGGGCUUGCACAGCACCUCCUCGCUCACAUUCUCGAGCAGGCACGAGCAGCGGCAUGCCAGAAUUCUCGCGGCCGGAUCCAGGAUCUCGAGCAGCUCCAUCGCUGGGCGGGGGGGAGUGCAUGCAUCGGUUUCUGCGGGCCUGACGCCGAUUCUUCUCGGCGCACCGAGGGAGGAUGAUCUCGCGAGGAAAUUUCGGCCCCGGACGCGGAUCAUCGAGGCGAGGAGCGCUGCAUCGGGCGAUGCGUCAGCGGCAGCUCCAGGCGAUGGCGUGGAGGAGCAAGAAUCCGGCAGCGCGAUGAUGCGCACACUCCAGCUGGGAUCGCUCUUCGGAUUGUGGUACCUCUUCAACAUCUACUUCAACAUCUAUAACAAGCAGGUGCUCAAGGUCUUUCCAUUUCCGAUCACGAUCACUGAGAUCCAAUUCGCCAUUGGGUCCGCUGCCGUGCUCUUCAUGUGGACUACGGGACUGUACAAGCGUCCAAGUCUCACCACUGCACAGGUGGUCGCGAUCUUGCCGCUGGCAUUGGUGCACACCAUGGGGAAUCUCUUUACCAACAUGAGCCUUGGAAAGGUUGCGGUGUCGUUUACUCACACAAUCAAGGCUAUGGAGCCGUUUUUCUCUGUUCUUCUAUCGGCUAUGUUCCUUGGCGAGGCUCCAAGUGCUUGGAUUAUCGCUUCUCUCUUGCCAAUUGUUGGAGGUGUGGCGUUGGCAUCCUUGACUGAGGCGUCUUUCAACUGGGCUGGAUUUCUAAGCGCCAUGGCAUCAAAUGUUACUUUCCAGUCGCGAAAUGUUUUGAGCAAAAAGUUGAUGGUGAAAAAGGAGGGCUCUCUUGACAACAUCAAUCUGUUCUCCGUGAUUACGAUCCUGUCCUUUUUCCUUCUGGCACCCGUGACGCUGUUCUUCGAGGGAGUGAAAUUCACACCCGAAUACUUGACUUCAAUGGUAGAUUUGUUUCGUGCACUUCCUACGUUGCGUUUACUAAUAGAAAGAAAAUGGAUCCUGCAGGGACUGGAUGUGAAAGUUGUUAUGUUGAGAGCAUUAGUAGCAGGAUUAUGUUUUCAUUCGUACCAACAGGUGUCCUACAUGAUAUUGCAAAGGGUAUCGCCGGUUACGCACUCCGUUGGAAACUGUGUCAAGCGCGUGAUUGUGAUUGUAACUUCAGUCAUCUUCUUUAGAACACCAGUGUCGACAAUAAAUGCUCUUGGCACUGCUCUGGCACUGGCUGGCGUCUUUGCCUACUCGAGAGCCAAGCGCAUAAAACCCGCGAAAAAGAGUGCCUAAAACUGUGAGUAAAGCCGAGAAAAAUCAUUUUUUUUAAUUUUUUAGAUCUUUCUCGCUCUUUUGCUGGCCUGCACAAUGGUACUAAAAUCUCUGAAAGCUCGAUUCUGUGGCAUGGAUGCGACAA